AGCUGUUUUAUCAAAGAAGGUUUUCUAAAACAUGGUUUAUUUAACCAAAUACGAGUAUGUAGUUAGCAUCAUGUAUACUUGUGCCUGUUAUGAGGAUACAAAAUGAUGGUAACGUUAGUGACAAAACACUUAAUUCAGUUGCAUCUCCCACUUCACUCUUCCAGUUAUAGCAUGGAUCCAGACAGUGAGCCGGAUACACAACGAGCUCUCAGUUUGCAAUGGAAGAGCUAUAAGCUCGUCCAAGACCCAGCCAUCCGGAGGGUUAACAACAAAAUAUACCGAUAUGAUGGGGUGCAUUUCAGUGUGCCGGACUCGGGGUUCCCCCCAGUGGGAGAUUUGCGGGACCCUCGGCCUCGUAGAAUCUGGUCCAGGCACACAGAGAUGGCCCUGCCAGUGCCCAAGUUCAAACUGGAUGAGUUCUACGUGGGCCCCAUUCCCCUCAAGGAGGUGACCUUCGCUCGCCUCAAUGACAACAUCAAGGAACCCUUCCUGGCUGAGAUGUGUGCAAAGUUUGGAGAGGUGGAGGAGAUGGAGAUAUUGUUUCACCCCAAGACCCGUAAGCACCUGGGCCUGGCCCGCGUGCUCUUCACCAGCACCAGGGGGGCGAAGGACACUGUCAAACACCUGCACAACACCUCCGUCAUGGGUAACAUCAUUCACGCUCAGCUGGACAUCAAAGGCCAGCAGAGGCAGAAGUAUUAUGACCUGAUAGUGAGUGGCUCCUACACGCCCCAGACUGUGCCCACAGGAGGCAAGGCCCUGACAGAGCGGUUCCAGCCCCCAGCGCCAACACAACCAGACACGUCGUCAGAUAUCAGGCGGAGACUGUCCUCUGAGAUAGCUGGUCUGGCUGCGGGCUUGGCUGCAGGGGUACCGGCUCUCACCCCUGGGAGCACCACCCCCUGCUCUGUGGACACAGGCUUCAGUGAGCAGCGUCUAGACACGACCCCAUCCUCCAUGGGGGGGCCUACACCCCAGGCUCCUCCGCUUCCUCACAGGGAGGAGGAACGCCCUACACCCCUCGCUCUGUCUCACAGGACUCGGGCUACGCUGUUGCCAGACAAGUUGGAUACAGACAUGCUUCCCUCCUCCUCCUGCUCCUCCUCUACCGUCUCCUCCUCAGUCGGGGCAUACAAAGCUCCCCGGUACUCGGAGGACCCCCAUGCACCUCCUCAAGACCCCUACCAAAGGUGUCGCCCCACAUACCCCCCUACCGGCCCUUUCCGUCCUAAUGAGCCCCCGCUCUACCCCACAUACCCAAAUGCUGGAGGGGCUGGACAGCACAUGGCACACCACCCUGCAAUGCCUCCCCCACCACCUGCACCCCAGUACGAGCAGCCCCCUCUGGCAGACCGGGACAGAGAGAGGGACAGAGAGCGGGACAGGGACUCGGGAGGGCGGUACGGUGCCGGUGGGAUCGGCUCUAGAAGGUCAUCUUACCAGGAGGCCAACUCUUCCUCCAACAGUAGUAGUAGCAGCAGCAGCCGGCGACGGAGCAGCCACGACCGAGACAGCAGGGAGAGGGACAGAGACAGCGACUACUCAAACAGCUCCGACCCCAGAUUUAACUCCAACUCCCACCGCUCCUCCUCCAACAGCCUGUCCCCGCCUCCAUCUACCUACCCCUCCUACUCCUCCUCCAAAGACCAACCACCUCCCCACAACCCCUCUGUCUCCUCCCGCCUAGAGCCCUCCUCAGUAUAUCGUGCCCAGCCUAGUGGUGCUGGUUCUGGGGAGAGGGGGUCUGUGUCGGACAAGGACCCCCGAUCCCACCACACCCCUCUGCCGCCCCCUCCACCACCUCCCCUCCCCCCCGCCUCUGUGAUAGCGGCGGCUGUAGCAGAGACGCUCAGUGCCCUUGACUUUGGCCAGGAGAGCCCACGAGACUCCUCCUCCCCGGAGCCAGAUUCCACCAAUGAGAGCCUGCCAUUUGUCUACCACAGCAGCAGCUUAGACUCUCAUGACCAUACUAGUCUCCAUGGAACAGGACCUCUGCAGGAGGAGACAGCCCAACCUGAGCCUAUUGAUCCAAGGACCAGACAAGGGGCACAGACACCCCCCUACAACGGAAAGAGUCAGUCAUCCCCUCAUUCCUCUGGGGAGGACAUGGAGAUCUCUGACGAGGAUGAAGAGCACACCAUUACAGCAGUGACCACCCACCACGCCACUCCUUCCUCCGUCUCUUCUCCAUCUUCAUCCCAGGCCCCCCUGCCCUCCCAGACAGACCCCUCUGCCUCCCCUUCUGACCCCACACAGCACUUUGGCACGUCCAUGCCUGCUCCACCCAUCCCCUCUUACCCCCCUCACCUCCCUCCCCCGGGCUUUUCCCUGCAGCCCCCUCCACCCCCCUGCAUCCCCCCACCGCUGGGCCACAUGGAGCUGCACCCUGAGUACCCUCCUCCCAUGCCCCCACACAUGUAUGACUAUGCCAGCAGUAUGGAGCUGAUGAACCAGUACAGUGGCGGAGCCCCCAUGUCCUUCCAGAUGCAGACCCAGAUGCUGAGUCGGCUGCACCAGCUGAGGAUGUCCUCCUCUAAUGAAGGGGGUGGCUAUGACCAGGACCAGCACUACAUGCCCCCCCACAUGCCCUACGCCUACCCUGGACCCUCUCAGAUGCCCCACCACCACGCCAUCCCCCCUCCACACACGGGCUGGGCCCCGCAUGUCUUAUCCGAACACUACGCGUACCACACCCCUCCGCCCUAUGGGACUAUGCCUCCUGUGGGGGGAGAGGCCCAGUACGGGGCGGAAGGGGACCCACAAAUGCCCCUGCUAACAGAGAACCCCCACGAGGCCACAGUGCAGCUGGUGCUCGCCACCCUCAUCCAGGAGAUGAAGAGCAUCAUGCAGAGGGACCUCAACCGCAAGAUGGUGGAGAACAUCGCCUUUGGAACCUUUGACGAGUGGUGGGAGCGCAAGGAGACCAAAGCCAAGCCGUUCCAGACCAUGGUUCGGGGUGUGGCUGCAGUGAGGGACGAGGACAAGAAGGAGGAGAACAAGGCCAGCAGCAAGCCCCGGGAGCCCCUCAUGUCUCUGGUGGACUGGGCCAAGAGUGGAGGAAUGGAAGGCUUCUCACUGAGAGGGGCGCUACGACUUCCCUCAUUCAAGGUGAAGAGGAAAGAACCUCUGGAGCUAGCAGAGGUAGGAGAGAUGAAGAGACCCAAGACACCGCCAGAGGAUGACGACGAAGACUCGUACCAUGACAAGGGUCUAGAGGGAAGAAUGGCAGAUGGGGAGGGCCACAGGGCUGAGAGGGACAGCAGGCGGAGGAAGAAGAAGAUGAGAAGUCGUAAACCUUGGGACCUGGACAGCGAAGGAGAAGAGACUUCUGACGGUUCAUCUUCAGAUAAGGAGGAUGAGGAGGAGGGAAGUGACAAGGAGUCGGAAGAUGAGGCCUUGAGUGCGGACAGCGAUGAUGAGAGCCUCUCCUCAUCCACAGAGAGUUCUUCCUCCUCAACAUCAUCCUCCUCUUCCUCUGAAGACGAGGAUGAGGAGGAAGGAGAGCAGGCCGGCAGUGGAUUGGACACCAUGGAUGAGUCUACGAUGGACAGCACAGCUCUGGACACAGAGAAGGGGGAUGACCGAGAAAAGUCUGCAGCUGCUGUUCCAAAAGCACCGCUCAGCGCCGAGAUCAAAGCUGAAAUUGCUGCCAGCAAGAAGGAUUCAUCAACACUCAGCUCAAACACUCGUCCUCCAGCCCCCCGCCCCUCCUCCCCAAUUGUCAUUGUGCCUCCUCUCAAGAAGCGAAGGAAGACCGUCUCGUUCUCUACCGGGGAGAGAGACUACAAACCCCACCUUCCAACGCUCCCCUUGUCCCCACCUCCCUCCACUGCCUCUCCUCUCUUCUCCCACAUGAAAUCUCACCUUCCAGACUCCAUUUUCAUCGCCUCCGCACCUGGAACCACCCCCUCCAAGACUCUCUCACUCCUCCCCUUUGCCUCCAAACCAGGCGAAGGUAAUGCCCUCUCUCCCUCCCCUGUUCUCACUGUUCCCUCGCCUGUACGCCCCGAAGACUCAAAAAAGAGCCCUGUUCCUCUGGUGUCCCCCCCAAUCACCCCCACUAAGUCCCCCAACAAACGGGGGGCCUCCCCCAAAUCCCCUGCUCCAGUGUGGGUGUGUCGCACCGUGCAGAACCUCCCCCUGGACCACGCCUCCAUGGUCAAGAUGGCCUUCGAGGAGGCCCCGCCCCCUGUCACAAAGGGCCGGGGCAGGGGACGCCCCAGGACUGUCAGCCUGUCGACCCCCACCCCUCCCCCCUCCUUCCACACCCUCAGAGAGGAGGAGGAGGAAGAGAGGAAGAGACUGCAGAGGCUGAGACUCAGUGAGCAGCUGGGAGCAUCCAGCCUGCUACAGCUGGGCUCGGCCCCCACGGCUGAUCUGUCUGUCCUGGCUGAUGUGGCCCUAAAGCUGGACCCAGACGCUGGAGACUCAGAGGAGACGGAGACGUCAGACGAGGCAGAGGAGCAGAAGAUGGAGGAGGAGAUGCUCCUCUCUCCCAAAGCCCUCCCCCUGGUUAUGGACCCACAGGGCCUGUCUGCCCUGCAGGAGCACAACUAUUCCAAAGCCCCCUUCCACCUCAUCCCUGCCCAAAAGAGGAGUGUCUCCAAACAGGAGCCUGGGGCGCUCCUCCCUGCAGACUUCAACCAUCACGCCAUCUCUGGGGUGCUGGAGGCACCUGAGGAGGUUAUAGGGGAACCCCUGCCCUCUAGGGACAGACACCAGGCUGAGUAUCUGUCUGGCAUGGGGCUGCUGUGUGAGGAUGGAGACAUGGCCAAGGCCUCUGUGCUGACACCUCUCACCACAUCAGCCAAGAGGAAGGGAAUGGCGUCGAGGGGCAGCGAACUGGAGGAGAUGGGGAAAGACAAGAACAAGAAGAGGAGGAGGAAAGAUGAGGAAUAUCUGGAGUUGCAGCAAACGAAAAAGCAGAAGGAACAUCAGACCAAGAAACAGAAGAGGAAACUAGAGGAGGUGGACCUGGAGGAGGAUGUGGACGUGGAGCAGCUGGAGCCGGGUGAGCUGUCUAACACGGAGGGCGAGGAAGAGGAAGAGUGGGACAAUGUGAGGAAGAGCGAGCGCCUCUUCCUCCAGGAGGCCGGGUUGACGUCGUCGCAGCGUUGGCCCAAGCCCAUCCCUGCCCCGGAGCCCGUCACGUUUGACCAGCGCAGCGAGUUUGAGCAGAUGACCAUCCUGUACGACAUCUGGAACUCUGGUCUAGACAUGGAGGACAUGACGCUGCUGAAGACGACCUACGAGAAGCUGCUGCAGGACGACCACAGCACCGACUGGCUCAACGACACACACUGGGUCCACCACACUGUUACCAACAUCCCCAACCCGCGGCGUAAGAAGAAGAGUGCAGACGGGCAGCUGCGGGAGCACGUGACAGGCUGUGCCAGGAGCGAGGGCUACUACGCCAUCAGCAGGAAGGAGAAGGAUGUCUACCUGGAUCUGGAACUGCCUGAGCAGGCCCUACUGGAGGCUGCUGACUACGACGCCUCGGGCUCAAACCGGCUGCUGUCAGAGAGACGGUCGGAGCAGCGCCGCCUCCUCAGUGCCAUAGGCAUCCCUGCAGUCAUGGACUCUGACCUGCUCAAACUCAAUCAGCUCAAGUUCCGUAAGAAGAAGCUUCGAUUUGGCCGCAGUAGGAUCCAUGAAUGGGGCCUGUUCACCAUGGAACCCAUUGCUGCUGACGAGAUGGUCAUUGAGUAUGUGGGCCAGAAUAUCAGACAGAUGGUGGCUGACAACAGAGAGAAGCGUUAUGCCCAGCAGGGCAUUGGGAGCAGCUACCUGUUCAGAGUGGACCACGACACCAUCAUUGAUGCUACCAAGUUAGGCAACCUGGCACGCUUCAUCAACCACUGCUGCACUCCUAACUGCUAUGCAAAGGUGAUCACCAUAGAAUCCCAGAAGAAGAUCGUGAUCUACUCCAAGCAGGCCAUUGGCAUGAAUGAAGAGAUUACCUACGACUACAAGUUCCCUCUAGAGGAAAAUAAGAUUCCCUGUCUGUGUGGAACAGAGAACUGCCGUGGGACGCUCAACUAGAUACCACAGCAUGACCACUGUCACACUGAGGUGUGGCAGUACCCCGUUUCAGUCCCUCCUGUCCCCCCUCCACAACCCCCGACUAUAACCAAGAACAAAGCCACACCCACCACCAACAGCCCCCCUCCUGACCCCAAAGCCCACCUGCUCCUCCAGACUGUCAAACAGUUGUCUGUACCAUAUCCAGAAAACAGAGAGAGACAUGCAACGUUUGCACUGUUCACACGCUUUAAUUUACCUGGGGUUAUGGUUUAUUAUCGUAGGGGCUGUGAGACUGUCCUUCUCAGGGGUGUGAUUCAUUAUCGGGCCCCCUCUCCUGUACCCCAAACCCCUGAAAUGCAGCAUUAGUCUCUGCUGUAGCAGGAUUUAAUAACUUAGGACCACUUGUUCCCGUUCGGUCAAGGGUGGACAUUUUUUCCCCCCUGCCAACAGCCUUUCCUUGGAAUAGAGAAUGCAACCGUAACCUAUCAGAACUGGUUUUGUGUGUCUUGUCUGCCUCCGCACAGAUGGGGAAUGGUCCAGAAGCUCCCGCUAACCCAAACCCUCUGCCCACACACACCGAUCCACACGUAGACGCACAGGAUUUACAAACAUAUUCAGGGUUUUAAAGGCGCUCGUUCGCAGCGCAGUUUUAGUUACACACUCUAAUCCAUUGGGACUUCAGUUAUGCAAGAUUUCCAAAAAUGAAGAUUGUUUGAGCUUUGUCAUUUUAUAGUAUUGCAUAUUCUUAUUACUAUUGUUGUUCUGAUUUAGUUGCGUGAGUUGUAGGUGGGUGCGUGACUCCCCUCACCAGUUUGUUUGGAUGAGAGACCAUAGACUUAAAUAUUUGUUUUUCACCAUGCUACAUAAGAACAAAUCAUUUGUAGAUCAAAUAAUGUGUGGUGUCACAUCAGUUUAUCUUUAAAGCUUAAGAUGGCUGCUGAGUUUUAGUCUGCAGGUUUAUCUCAAUUUGGAAUGCUUUGUUUGUUCCUUUUACGUUCCCCUUUCCCCAUUGUGAUGUUGUCCCUCCUCACGUUAGGAAGCAGAGAAAGGACCUGACGCGUGUGUAUCUCUGUGUUGGUGUGUGUCUGUGUGUUUUAAGAGAAUGUAUUCUUACAGGAAGAGUAUGUUUUUAUUCCUGUCGUGUGAAUGUGCUCUCACUGUCAAUUAGUAGUUUUGUGCUAUUGAACAACCUGCAAAUGUCAGGUUGUCUGCGAUUUUUGUAUGACAUGGUCAAGGCACACUGUCAGGAAAACUGUUUCUAUGAAAUCUCCCUUAUUUGGCAAACCAUUACAGACAAAUCUGUUCAAAAAAUGUUUUUAAUUGAAAUGUAACCUUUAUUUAACUAGGCAAGUCAGUUAAGAACAAAUUCUUAUUUACAAUGAUGGCCUACCCGGAUGACGCUGGGCCAAUUGUGCACCACCCUAUGGGACUCCCAAUCACAGCCGGAUGUGAUACAGCCUGUAAUCGAACCAGGGACUGUAGUGAUGCCUCUUGCACUGAGAUGCAGUGCCUUAGACCGCUGAGCCACUCGGGAGCCCAAACAUAACUCUGCCCCAUUGACUGUUAUCCAGCGUUGAGGUCAGUAUGUUGGACUUUGUCAUUGGGUGUGUGUUCUGAAUGGUUUUAAAGGGUGAACUUGUGUGUAGAUCAGAUCUGGUAAAUCUAGUUUCUAGUUAAGUCGAUCUCAAGGGGGCAUUUUUCACUGUUAUCCAUGCUCUCUCAACUCAAGCAGUCGCUGUCCCAAGUUGUAAUCUUUGAUUUAGAUGUUUAAAAUGUCACAAGGCCCCUCUGUGUUCUGUUCCUUCCACAGCAGAAAAGUGAUCUAUAUUUCUUGUUGCAACAGGCGCUUUUCAGUACAAACCAACCCUCUAACUUUAAAAUAAAAAGAUGGAAAAAAAGAUCUGACAAAUGUA